CAGCGUCUCGAGAAACCAGUCUACUUUGAAGCUCUACUCGAGAAUGCCGAGAAGGACCAGCUGCCGGGUGAUGUCAGGGAUCUGUUUACUAACAUCUGGAACAUUGUAAUGUUGUCCCAGGGCGUCUUUCCCACCGAGAUCCGGGAUGAGAUCGAGCGUCCGAAUCGCAAGAUGGCCCCGGGAAUCUUCCGGGGCGCCGAACACCGAGCCCGAGAUUCUGGCCAAGAAAGACUAGGAGAAAGAAGCGGACAAGAUGCUGCGCAUGACGUGUUUAUCGACUUCCCAGCCGUUUGGGCGCUCCCCCGAGCCGUCAGCCACUCGUCCACAACGCCAGCGCGGCUUGCUCGCGCCGAGUUUCACCACGUUCGCAACCUCGAGGUCGACGCGCGGAAGUGCCUGGCCCUGCACCGAAGCGAGGCCUCAUGGAACUGCAACGUCCAUAAGCCGCUCCUUGACUUGGCGCUGUGGAAGUACUGCGACAGCAUUGCCCUGGAGAACGCGACAUCAGCAAGAAUCUUACCUGCCUUCAUUCCGGCGCUUGUCACUGGCGAGGCCAUCCGGGGUAAGAUGGUUGACUUUGUUCUUUCACCGAACUUUACGGCCGCCGGUCGCACCGCUUCGCAAAGCUCGCACAUUAGCAACGCUACGAUCGACGCUGCCAUUCUGAAAAGGCUUGCCAUGCAGCCAUCAGCCGGCUCCCGCAACCUUGGGGUCAAUCAUACCGAUUACCCUCCGUUGUUGCGAGCACCGACUGCUGUGACUAUCGCGACGAUGAUUGGUAGCGGGAGCUUGGAGGAUGGAAGAGUCCGGCUGGGAAUAUGGACUGCGGCCUGGCACAUACGCAUGGCAGCAUUGGGCAUCAGCGGGUGGGAGGACGGCCCAUUGCUACCAACUCUUCCGCUAAUCUUGACCCAUGAACACCAGUGGUCGCUUUAUUUUGCUGUCGACCGAGGCCACAAGAUCGAAAUUCUUGGUGGCAUACAAAUCGGUACAACUUCCACCACUCAGGGCAUCUAUCAAUUGUUAGCAGUGCUACGGUUGCUAGCUGACUGGAUCGAGACCGAGUUUAAGGAAUGGGUUGUUACCGCCUUCACUGAAGAUACUUCGUGAUACUAUAAGAAGAUCAUAUAAAUUAGCAAGAACUGGAGAACUAUGCAAA